CAAUUCCAUAAUUGUGGGGUGGACCUUGCUCACUCAUUAUUCUUCUCCUUGAGCUUGAGCUUGAGCUGAGAGAUGGCAAACGCUCUCAAAUUGCCAGUGGCUGACACCUCCUCUGAUAAGGCAACAUGGCUAGCCUCCCCAUCCCAUGCUUUUUACCAUUUUGGCACCAGUGGAGCCGCCGUCGCUGCUGCUUCCACCGUCACUCAUCCUCUAGAUCUUCUAAAGGUUAGGCUGCAAAUGCAAAUGGUUGGCCAAAGAGGCCCUUUGAUCAGCAUGAGACAAGUUGGCAUAAACUUGGUGAAAAAUGAAGGAUUGAGGGCCUUGUAUAUGGGAUUGACACCGGGUCUAGUGAGGUCGGUUUUCUACGGGGGUCUUCGUUUAGGCUUAUACGAACCCUCACUGCGCCUCUCUGAAAUGGCCUUGGGCUCCCCCAACAUCUUGACCAAGAUAGUCAUUGGAGCCUUCUCUGGUGCUCUUGCAACCGCAGUCACCAAUCCGGUCGAAGUCUUGAAGGUGCGGAUGCAGAUGGGGAGACUGAUCACGAAAGGGCCGUUGCAGGAGCUGCGGAAGAUGGCUGCAGACGAGGGCUUGACCGGCUUCUGGAAAGGGGCCGGCCCUGAGAUGACCCGAGCUGCUGUCUUCACCGCCUCACAGCUUGCUACAUACGACGAAACCAAGAGGCUUGUCAUGAGAUGGACUUCACUCGAGGAUGGAUUCUAUCUGCAUCUCAUUGCAAGCACGGUAGCUGGUGGCGCGAGCACCAUUGCAACUGCACCCAUCGAUGUGGUGAAGACGAGGCUUAUGCUGCAACGAGAGUCCAAACUUGUUGGAAACUAUAAAAAUGGCCUUGACUGUGCUUAUCAGCUUCUGAGGAAAGAAGGCCCUCGAGGCUUCUACAAAGGGGCGUUUGCGUUGUUCACGAGAGUCGGCCCUCAAACAACGAUCACCUUCAUCCUAUGCGAGCAGCUCCGUGGACUCGUGGGAUUGAAGGCGCUGUGAACCACGAGCAUUCUUGGUGCAUACUCAAGUGGUGAGAUGGGCAUACAUGCUUGAACAAGUGCAGAUUCAUUUUAUUUGAGGCUUGUAGGAAAAUUCACUUUUUGUAGACCGGAAAUUGGUACCUGUCUUGUUAUACGUCUAUUGUUUAACUAGUGUAUGAUAUAUAGUGGAUAUUUUUAAUUUUUUAUGUCA